AUGCUGGCCAUGGACCCCGCCGCUGGCGUUUGCGAGGACAAGGACCUAGACUUCUACGAUUUCGAGCCGCUGCCCACUCUGCCCGAGGACGAGGAAAAUGUGUCGUUGGCUGACAUCUUGUCACUGCGGGACCGCGGCCUGAGUGAGCAGGAGGCAUGGGCUGUGUGCUUGGAGUGCAGCCUGGCCCUGCGCAGUGUGGCCCAUGCUGCCCUCUUCCACACGCUCUGCAUCACGCCUGACAGCCUGGCCUUCAACACCAGUGGGAACGUGUGUUUCAUGGAGCCACUCAGUGAUGACCCUGAGGGUGCCUUCGUGCCCCCCGAGUUCGAUGUCACAGGGAACACCUUUGAGGCACAUGUCUUCUCUCUGGGGGCCACGCUAAAGGCCGCCCUGGAGUUCGUGGUGGAGCCGGGGCCGGAGCGCCAGUUAAGCGCGGACCUGGAGGUGCUGCUGAACCGGAUGCUGGCCGAGGACCCAGCGGCCAGGCCCUGCCUGGAGAGUGUCAUCACGCUGUGCCGGGAGAAGACACGGCCAGCCUCCUCCGGCCACUUGUGCCGGAGCUUGUCAGCCGUCGGGAGACGCGAGCUCUCCAUUGAGUCCUUCGGGGCCUCCCAGGACAUGUAUGACAGCACCAGGGGAGGAGCACCUGUGCCAAGAGCCCUGGGGCCCAGGCAGCCUCCCGGGGACCUGGGAGCUGACCCGGACAUCCCACCUGCUCCCGAGGGCCUGUCCCAGCCCCCGUGCCCCCAGCCAGGGCCACUGGCUGUGCAGAAUGGGGAGAGACACAGCCAGGAGCUGGCCAGCCUCUCCCAGGACCCCAGAAGCCACCUGCAAGAGCUGGAUGGGGACCCCGUCAGGAAGCGCCACCUGAAGCGUGCACACACAUCCCCCUGGCUCCUGCCUGUGAGCCCUGAGCCCCCUGUCCCCCGCCUGCCACUGAGUAGCCCCUUGAAGACUUUGCAGGAGGUCAGGCUGAGGUCCAGGUCUGCUGAGGACAUGCAGGGAGCAGGCCACAACACUGGGACUGCUGGAGAGCAACAGGGGAUGACUAGAGCAGUGUCCAUGGAGCAGUGCCUGUCCCUGCAGGACCUCCUGUCUAAGCUGGGCCGGCCCUUCAGGGAGUACGAGCUGUGGGCCCUGUGCCUUACCUGCCUGCACGCCCUACAGAUGCACGCGGAGCCCCCAGCCUACCUGUGUCUGGACUCUGUGCUAGUGGCCAAGGACGGGUCUGUGCUCUUGGGGCCACCCCCUGACGAUGGUCCCUGCAAUUCCUUCUUCCUGGCUCCUGAGGUGGCUGAGGAGAAGCUGGUGACCGAGAAGGCCUCUGUGUACUGUGUAGCUGCCAUCCUGUGGACUGCCGCCAAGUUUGGUGUCCCCCGAGACCGCAAACUGGCACUGCCACGCAGACUCAAGACCCUCCUCCUGGACAUGGCCAAGCGCUGCGCCCAAGAGCGGCCAUCUGCAGCUGAAGUCACCAAGGUGUGUGGCAGCUUCCUCCUUCAGCGAGGCAUGGACGGCAGGAAGAUCUUAGCCCACCUGAGGGCGUCCACCUGCAAGGUGCCCCAGCAGGAAGAGACCGUCAGUCUACAGAGACCUCAUGUGGCUCCUGUGGCUGCCUCUCCCCAGCCCAGCCCAGGUGGGGUCCCCAAACAGCCCCUGCCCCACCCCAUCCCAUCCCACAGUUGCACUCCACCCCAAUGGCCCAGCUGCUUCCUGCAGGUCAGCAGCAGCGUGGGGCUGCAGGCAGUGCCUGGCCCAGUGCCCGCUCAGCCCUGCUGCUGUGCGGGGGUGUCUGGGCUGCCAGAGGCCCUCCUCUCCAAGGCUACGAGCUUCCAGCCGGUCGUCCUAGCGCAGGACCCAGGUGAGGCCAGGGACCAACUUGCUGAGAAGCCCCAGGUGGAUGAAGCAUGGCCAGAGACCCAGGCCCUCUUAGAGACCCCCAGCCUGAAGACCUCAGACCUACCAGCGCCCAGCCUGCAGCCACAGGGGGCAGCCACAGACUCCCCCAGGGCAUUGGGGCUGCCCAGCCUCACCCAGGGAGGGUGCCGUCCUCCGGCCCCUGCCACAACAAAGGGGCAGGGACUAUCUGGAGCCCCCUCCUCACAGCUCCCUUCCCAGCCACCCCAGGACACAGCCCCUGCAGGCCCAGAGCCUGAGGCCAUCCGUCCAGCCCCAAGGGCCCAGGCCACAAUGGAUUGCCCCAGGGGCCCUGUGGUCAGGUCCUGCCCACCAGGUGGGGAAGCCCCUUGCCUGCCCAGGACAGCCUGCCCCUCCCUGCAGGAGGCCACGCGCCUCAUCCAGGAGGAGUUUGCCUGCGACGGCUACCUGGACAACGGAUUGGAGGCGCUCAUCAUGGGCGAGUACAUCUACGCCCUGAAGGAUCUCACCUUCGCCACCUUCUGUGGGGCUGUGUCUGAGAAAUUCUGCGACCUGUCCUGGGAGGAGCGGCUGCUGAAGAGCCUGUUCCAGGUGGUGAACGGGCAGGCAUCUCCCCCGACAGGUGUGUCCGAGGUGCCAGGCUCACAAUCCCAGUGCCCAGCCAGAAGCUGCUCGCUGUCCAUCGAAAAGCCCUCGCUACACGGGUCAGGCACAGAGAAGCCGAGCGAGGGAUGGGUCAGCGGAGCCCCGUGCCCAGCACCCGCACUGGCCAGUGUUGACACGGACACACUAUCCCGGGGCAACCUGGAGGUGGGCUUCCGGCCUCAGAAGGCAACAAAAGGGACCAGAGAAUCCCCACCCAAGGCCAACACAGACAGGCAGCAGGGCCCACAGCCUGAGCCAGCCAGUGGGGCCUCGGGAUUGGACACAGUGGCCAUGCUGGCCAGACCCCAGGACAGCAGCCCAGCAGUAGCCCCAGGCCCAGCUGAGUGUCGCAGCUGCAGCCCCGGCUGGUCCAGCGCCUUCUAUGAGGCUGACUGCUUCGGUACAGACGUGCACAGCUACGUGAAGGACCUGCUGAGGCAGAAGACUGGUGGUUCAGCAGAGCUGGAGGCCCAGAGUCCAGAGCUGGGCCAGCAGCUCAUGAUGGAGAGAAGGAACUACAGCAAGACACUCAAGUUCUACCAGAAGCUGCUGCAAAAGGAGAAGCGUAGUCGAGGCUCUGAAGUGAAGACCAUGCUAGUCAGAUUAAAGGGGCAACUGGAAGAGAUGAGAGCCCGAGUGCAGCUCCUGGGUCUGGUCCAGAAGUAUCUGCAGGUCCUGUACGCGGAGCGCUGGGGCCUAGAGCCCUGUGCCCUGCCUGCCAUUGUGAACAUCACAGCUGCCUCAGGAGACUCACUGGACUUCAGCCCCCUAGACGAGUCCUCCUCCCUCAUCUUCUACAAUGUCAACAAGCAGCCAGGCAGCGGCCGGCAGAGAGCAGCUCGCGUCCUGCAGGCCGGCACACCCCUUGGGCUCAUGGCCUACCUGUACUCCAGCAAUGCCUUCCUGGAAGGCUACGUGCAACAGUUCCUCUACACCUUCCGUUACUUCUGCACACCCCGUGACUUCUUGCACUUCCUGCUGGACCGCAUCAGCAGUACUUCAUCCAGGGCCCAGCAGGAUCCCAACUCCACGCUGACCAAGGUGUACAGGCGCAGCCUAUGCGUCCUGCAGGCCUGGCUGGAAGACUGCUACGCCGUGGACUUCACCCGCAACACUGAGCUGCGCCAGCAACUCCAGGACUUCCUCUCCUCCAAGAUCCUGCCCCUGGACGGCUCUGCCGAGCAGCUGCUGGACCUCUUGGAGGUGGGCAUGGGCCGACGGGCCGAGGGUACUCCUCGAGGCACUGACCUGGAGGACCCAAAGGAGGCUGAGGCGGACAGUGGACCCUUCAACGCCCUCUGUAAGAGAUUCUCGGAGGAUGGCAUUGCCCGGAAGGCCUUCACCUGGAAGCUGGCCCGGGGCCCUGGGCUGGCGCUGCCGCUACACAAGAACCGCCCAUACAGCAUUGCUGCUGCCCUGCCCAAGCCCUGCUUCUGUGAGGACUUCUAUGGCCCCUAUGCCAAGGCCAGCGAGAAGGGACCCUCCUUCUUGACAGAGUACAGCACCCGGCAGCUGUCCACUCAGCUCACACUACUGCAGCAGGAGCUGUUCCAAAAGUGCCACCCCGUUCACUUCCUCAACUCUCGGGCCCUGGGCGUCGUGGACAAAAACACAGCCGUCCCCAAGGUCAGCUCCUCAGAGACUCUGUCAGCCAAAGCCUGCAGCUUGUUCCUGCCCAGCUAUGUUCAGGACCCGUACCUGCUCCAGCUCCUGCGUCAUGCCGACGAUGUCAGCACCUGGGUGGCUGCUGAGGUCACCACCAGCCACACAGCCAAGCUGCAGGUAAACCUACUGUCCAGGUUCCUGCUGAUCGCCAAGGCUUGCUACGAGCAGAGGAACUUUGCCACAGCCAUGCAGAUCCUGGACGGGCUGGAGCACCCAGCCGUGAGGCAGUCCCCUGCCUGGAGGAUUCUCCCUGCAAAGAUGGCCGAGGUCAUGGAGGAGCUGAAGGCCGUGGAGGUCUUUCUCAAGAGUGACAGCCUGUGUCUCAUGGAAGGGCGGCGCUUCCGGGCCCAGCCCACCCUACCCUCUGUCCGCCUCCUGGCCAUGCACGUCCAGCAGCUGGAGACAGGCGGUUUCACCAUGACCAACGGGGCCCACCGGUGGAGCAAGCUCAGAAACAUAGCCAAGGUGGUGAGCCAGGUGCAGGCCUUCCAGGAGAACCCCUACACCUUCAGCCCUGACCCCAAGCUGCAGUCACACCUCAGGCUCAGGAUUGCCCGGUUCAGCGGAGCCGACGUGGCCAUCUUGGCCGCAGACAACCAGGCCAACUUCCACGAGGUGUCCAGUGAGAAGCACUCCCGGAAAAUCCAGGACAAGCUGCGGCGCAUGAAAGCCACAUUCCAGUAG